AUGACAAAUAUCACUGUUCUCAUCUCGGGAUCGGGAUCCAACCUCCAGGCGUUGCUCGAGGCUGAGAAAUCUGGCAAUUUGGCAGGUAAAAUUACCCAGGUCAUCUCGUCCAGUGAAUCGGCCUAUGGCUUGCAAAGAGCUGCCAACUUUGGCGUGGCCUCCAAGACUCACGUGUUGAAGAACUACUACAAGGGGAUUCCCAAGGACCAAGUGAAUGCUCGUAAGGAAAAAAGAGAGCUUUUCAACACCGAUUUGGCUAACCUUCUCAUACAUGGAAAUAUCGAAGGUGUCGCCGAUUCCUCCUACACCAAGCCAGACUUGAUUGUGUGCGCUGGCUGGAUGCUUAUUUUGUCACCAUCGGUGUUGAUUCCUUUGGAGAAGGCUGGCAUUUCCAUCAUCAAUUUGCAUCCAGCCUUGCCUGGAGCUUUUGAUGGUACUCAUGCCAUUGAUCGUGCAUGGAAAGCUGGACAAGACGGAGAAAUCACCAAGGGUGGUCUCAUGAUCCAUAAGGUUAUUGCUGAAGUCGAUAGGGGUGAACCAGUUUUGGUUAAGGAGCUUGAUUUGAUCAAGGGUGAGACAUUGGAGGAAUAUGAGGCCAGAGUUCAUGCUGCUGAGCAUAUUGCUAUUGUGGAGGGAACGAACAUUGUGUUGAAGGAAUUGUCUGCUUAG